AUGGAGGUGCGGGAAGCGCGGGCGCCGCCGCCGUUCUGGGCCGGGGGCCCGGCCCCGGGGCAGAUCUACAUCCCGCGCGGGCCCGCGGCCGCCGCGGCCCUCCCGCCCCUUGCGCGGACGCUGAGCCCCAUGGUGACGGGCACCUCGGUGCUGGGCGUCAAGUUCGACGGCGGCGUGGUCAUUGCUGCGGACACGCUCGGCUCCUACGGCUCCCUCGCCCGCUUCCGCAACCUGUCCAGGCUCCUCAAGGUGAACGACAGCACCAUGCUGGGCGCCUCCGGGGACUACGCCGACUUCCAGUAUCUCAAGCAGGUUAUUGACCAGAUGGUAAUCGAUGAGGAGCUGCUGGGAGACGGUCACAGUUACAGCCCGAAAGCCAUUCACUCCUGGCUGACAAGAGUCAUGUACAACCGCAGGUCCAAGAUAAACCCGCUCUGGAACACUGUUGUCAUUGGAGGCUUUUACAAUGGCGAGAGUUUCUUAGGCUACGUGGACAUGCUCGGGGUGGCCUACGAAGCUCCUACGCUUGCAACGGGCUACGGAGCCUACCUUGCUCAGCCGCUUAUGAGAGAAGCCUUGGAGAAGAAACCCAUCCUGACAAAGGAGGAGGCCCGUGACCUGAUUGAGCGGUGCAUGAAAAUCUUGUAUUACAGAGACGCCCGAUCAUUCAACAGAUAUGAACUUGCUAUUGCAACUGAGAAAGGAGUGGAAGUGGAAGGACCUCUGACGCUGGAAGCCAACUGGGACAUAGCACACCUUGUCAGUGGCUUUGAGUGAUCUCCAUGGAGCUGCUGCAGGCUGUUCUGUUCCUGUGAUGACCCUUUAUGGAUGCUGUAGAUCACUUAUUCCUUAUGUGAAGCUCUGAUUUGCUAUGGAAG